CGUGGCCUGCGGCUCGGCGCGGGCGGGGAGCGGCGGGGGACGGCGCGGGCCUGUGUGUCGGCGGAGCCCGGGUGCGCGGGAGGGAGCUGCUUGGAGGCUCGGCCGCCGGGAGGAGGCCGCGGCCACGCUUCUUGGAAGCUACUGAGUGACUUCUUUGAAGAAUCAUGAAGUCACACUCUGUUGUGCUGACGCUAGCCUCCCUGACGUUCCUGAUGUGUCUCCCCGUGUCACAGAGCUGUAACAAAGCUCUCUGUGCCAGCGAUGUGAGCAAAUGCCUCAUUCAGGAGCUCUGCCAGUGCCGGCCUGGAGAGGGGAACUGCCCCUGCUGUAAGGAGUGCAUGCUGUGCCUCGGGGCCCUGUGGGACGAGUGUUGCGACUGUGUCGGUAUGUGUAACCCUCGGAAUUACAGCGACACCCCCCCCACAUCAAAGAGCACAGUGGAGGAGCUGCAUGAGCCCAUCCCGUCCUUGUUCAGGGCUCUGACAGAGGGUGACACCCAGCUGAACUGGAACAUCGUCUCCUUCCCUGUGGCAGAGGAGCUAUCACACCACGAAAACCUAGUCUCCUUUCUAGAAACUGUGAACCAGCCGCACCACCAAAAUGUGUCUGUUCCCAGCAAUAAUGUCCACGCCCCUUUUCCCAGCGAUAAAGAGCACAUGUGCACUGUGGUUUACUUUGAUGACUGCAUGUCCAUACACCAGUGUAAGAUAUCCUGUGAGUCCAUGGGCGCAUCCAAGUAUCGCUGGUUUCACAACGCCUGCUGUGAGUGCAUCGGCCCAGAGUGCAUCGACUAUGGUAGUAAAACUGUCAAGUGUAUGAACUGCAUGUUUUAGAGAGGGAGAAGACGUGCAAACACCUCAGUAAGGAAAUCAUGAGUCUAGUAUGCUAGGAGUGUGUUAAAUUAUAUUACUGUAACUGUGCUUUUCAUGUUUGACGCCUGUUAGCGUAUGUCUUCUCCAUUGGACUCAGUAGAACUUUAGUCACAUGAGAAUCGGGUUCAGAGGAGUCCUGGCAAGACCUGACAAUCUGACAGAAGGUGCUGCCUUCUUCCAGCUCUCUAAACACUUGGUUUUGAAUGUGAUAGCACAAGCCUGCUACAUGUGUGGUUCUCACCUGCCAGCUGGAGAACUCCAGAACGCCAGGACUCUCUCGUCACACCUCUCUUGAUUGUGCCUUGGCUGGCUUAUCUGUUUUAUGUGAGUAAAUAUUGCAGUUUAUAAUUCUAACAACUCACAUUCAAGCCACACUAAAACUUAAUUUCAAACCAUUUUACAUUGGUUUUAGAAAGUAAAUGCUUACUAUAUUUUACAACAUAAAAGUUUUACCUAGGGCCAGCAAGCUGACUCAGUGGAUAAAGGUGACUGCUACCAAGCCUGAUGACCUGAGUUUGAUCCCCAGAGCCCUGUAGUGGAAGGAAAGAACGAGCCCUGUAAAUUGUCCUCUGACCUCCAUACACAUAUAGUAUCAUGCAUGCAGGUCUGCAUGUGUGUUAACACACAUAAAUAACUAACUGUUUUAAAAAAUAUAAACCUCUUACAUGGUGACACUAAAUCUGUUGUAUAGCGCUCACACCAACAGUGAUUUGGACGUUAUGUCCCCUCCCCACCCACAGUGUUGAUGCAGUGAUGUACAGAGUCGUCACUAUUCGUUGGUGUAGUAAAGUUGCCUCUACCAAGAGUGUCAUGGCAUACCUGUGAAACUUCAUCAAAUGCACUGUGAGGAUCUGGGUACAGAAUUAUCCAGGUAAAAGCAGCAGGGCCGUUCAUGAUGCCCCACAAGGCUCCAUGCAGAGCACCAGGUAGCUGCUGCCCCCUGCACAGCACAGCUGAACGUGAGGCCAACCAGCAGAGGAUCUGCCUUGGCACCAGCAGAACAGCAGGGUCUCCAGCACGUGUGAGAAGGGAAAGGGUUGAAGGAGGACAUACGGCCAUGGACAGAGAAGGGCAAAGGAACUCCUAGUAGGGUCCACCUUAAAACCAUUUAUGGUCACUGGUUUUGUUACUUUGUAAUGUUACAUUUGUUUCUGAAUAGCUGAAUCCAAAUACGUAUAUUUUAAGGAGCUAUGUUUCUGAAAUUACAUGGGGAAAUCUGUUUAAUAUGUUUACUCCUAGCAUACUACAGAAUUAUCUAGUUAUAUAGCUUCUUAUAUAGUGGUGAGCUUCAAUACUACAUGCCCUUCAUAGUAAUAAAAUUCUCACCUUCAAGCCUGAAUCAAAAACAAAUAUUUAUAAUACACAGACUCAAUUUUAUAGAAUUGCUAUUUUCUCUAGUGUAUAUCUGAAUUAAAAGUAAUUUGGGGAAUAAUCUUUAUAUGGCUAUAUAUUUUAGUACAUAAAAUCGAAAAUGUCCUUAAACACAUUUUGUAUUCUUAUUUGAAUAGUUACAAGAUCAUUUGUGGUAUCAUGGCUACCCACUAUAAACCAUGCUCCUUCCAAUAGUUGACGGAUACUCGAGGCAUUCCAGCCUUCUGAGAAGCCAACUUAGAACAUAGGUGUAUGUGAUUAUUAAACAUCAAGGUGUCCUCUCACUUUACCUAGAGUGCUUCUCUUCAUAGGAGCCUGGAAACAUUUCAGCCCCUUCCUCUGUAGCUCCCAUGGGGCUGUGGGUUUUCUUGAAGUCAGGAGGAGUUUUGAAGGACCACAGCUAGCUGCUCUGUUUCAGCCGCUGAUUCUCAAGAACGGUUAUGCUCUGAUGGCAGAAUGCUCUGAUGGCUUCCAGCAGUGUAUCUCUAUUUCCUCUGUCUGUCUGUUUUAGUUGUUGCUGUCUUGGUUUUGUUUUGAGGCAGGAUCUCUGCAGCCAUGGCUGGCCUGGAGUUUGCUAUGCAGCCCAGGCUGGCCUCAUGUUUUCUUAAUGACGGCGAUAGCAUUGUUGAAAUAUGUCACCAUCUUUUUAAAACUUUUCAUUAUUAAAAUUUAAAAUAUAGUGUGUCUUUUUUACCCUAUAUAUUUUCUAUGAACAAUUUUUUAAACCGCCUGCUUUAACUUUUUUAUUGCUCUGGUUUUCCCAUUAGAAAUGAUCCCCACUGAGAUAAACUUUAUAAUCAUAUUUUGUGUAUUUCUCCUGGUUUGCGAAGGCCUUGAAGAAAUAGCAGCCAUUCCCUGACAGGUUUGAGCUCCCAACACAGAGAGGGGCUGAACAAGAUGAUCAGAGGAUAAAGAGGCCAGCCCGGAGUCCAGCAGGACCCUGCCUCAGAAAGCACAAGUCCUGUGUGCAGCGCUUUGAGUAGUGUUUUAUUCCUUCAUUGAAGAUUUCAGAAGCUAGCAGCCUCCCUCAGUCUAGACCUUCCACACCAUCCUAGCAGUGGCGCUCCCAACUGAAGAGCUUGGAAUAGUUUAUGGUUCUCUCUCAAUAAAAAUGAUCUUGGUUUCCUAUAGCCGGAUCCAGAGAUGCUAGAUUUUAAGGGCUGAGGCUGAAGCCUGGUCAAGGGGCUCUCACCUGUCAUGGUGCAGCCCCGGUUCUACCCUGAGCACCAACAAGAGACAAACACUAAGUUGUGAAUCAGAGGUUGUUAUUAAAUUCAUAUAUACAUACUUCCCUAUAGCAAGACAUGGGCUUACGGGCAGGGUUUCCUCAUAACAUUUAUGAGAAAACAGUGUUUUCCCCAUUACAUUUAAUUAGGACUGUGGGUUAUUUGUAAUUAAGGUAUAGAAGCAAAAAAAAAUUGAUUAACAUGCUGUUUACACAGGAUGCUGUGAAAGGGGUCUUCACACUACAGUCUAACUUGUAAAGUUUCAGAAAAUAACAUUGUCAUUAGCAUGUUUGAACAAAUAUCUGGAAUUUUUAAAGAGCAUCAAAAUAGAAAAACAGAAAGUAAAAGUCUACAAUGAGGUGCUGAGGCUGGGCUGCGGUUUAAAGGUCUGUGCUCAGAAAGCAGCUUUGGAGACUUCAAAGACUGGUCAUUCCCAAGAGUCGUGACUGACACUUUGUGGGUGUAAUUGUGUACAUUUUCAUUGGUUGUCUUUGUAGUCAAAAAAAGUAUUUUAAUAAAAAAUAGAAAUGACUGUGA